GACUAGAACGAACGCAUCCAAUCUUUUGAUAUAUCAAUUACUUCCACCCAAGGAUCUGUUUUAUGUUUAUAAGAGCAAGUAAGAUUGCUUCCAUAAUAUUGCUAUUUACACCAUGCGGUCGCUCUUCUAUAUUCUCUUGGUCUACAACUUUUUCCAUCUCGCUGCAGCCUCAGAGACAGAGUCUGAUGUUGCCACGUGGGAUGAUGAUUCAAAUUAUCUAUUCACCGAUUUAUACUCCAAAGCAUUUGUAAGUCUUACCACGUUGGACUAGUACAAACCAGAAACUAAUAUGAAAAUAGCACAAAGGGUUUAGUGACUGUAUGCUUGAGGUUGAGAAGACGCAUCCCGUGUACCACUCAUGCACCGCUUUCACCAACGAAGUUUCGUGCAAAUGUUCGUUCCUAAAAGUUGUGGAUCUGCAAUGUGGAGAGCUUGGUAUAACCUCCGGAACAUACUGGUUUUUUGAAAACUCUCUCAAAUCAAUAUGCGGCAAAAGUCGAGAGAUUGAAUUUCAGCAGGCAGAGACAGAGUCUUUAGAGUCAGAACGGGAAUUUCUGGCUCUUAGACUGGUUAGGCGAGAUGUGAAUGAAAGCCCCAUGCACGUCGGUCAUUCUGUCGGUUACAAAAAAGCGGUUGCUGCAAAAAAGACAAAAGAGCGGGGAAUCCCAGAGUUAGAAUGGACGUAUGGAGCUACGGGGAGUUUCAAUCCCAGUAGUAAUGAAAUAAACUCAUCUCUGUCAAUUGUUCUUUCGAGUGCUAGCGAAGAAAUUCUGACUCAGGGGACAGGGCAUGAUCCAUGUCCGAAAGUUCAAAAGCCGCCAACGAUGCAUGCAAUGACGGUCGAUUGUGAAGGAUUGGAGAUCCAAAAACUCAAAACCAUAGAAUUACACAGCAUCAAAACCUCCAUGACGAUAGAGGCAACCCGAGCUACCACCGUCGAGGUUAUAAAAGUGCAACGGCAGGUCCCCCUUCCCACCACCCUUAUGCGGCUAACCAUCAAACCAUAGAGGUGAGAGGUUUAAGUCGUUGCUUCUUUUUUUUUGCAUUAUUUCCGUAUUUAUCUUGAAAUCGCUGGCAAAAAUUCCUAUC